CCGACAGCGCUCGGCAGCGCAGCCGCCUAGGCCGGGGUGGAGCAGGAAAGGGCUCGGGGGCCUGGGCCGGCGGGCCGGCGGCGCAUCCUGGGGGUGGUUGGCCGGCCACCGGGCGCCGCCGGGCCGUGACCCCCGCAGACGCGGGGUGGUUCGGCCCGCAGGGGCGGGGCCCGGGUCACGUGACGCGACCGCGGCCGCCAUUUUGUUCUGCGGUGCUGGUAUUUAGAGCGCAGCGGCUUCCAAGCCGGAUCGCCUUCGCUGCCGCCUGCGUUCCGCCGUCCGCCUCGGCUCGCUGAGCUCGCCCCUCCCCGCCCGCAGACAUGUCCGAGACCAAGCCCACCCCUGAGUAUGCUUCGUUUUUCGCAGUCAUGGGCGCCUCGGCCGCCAUGGUCUUUAGCGCCCUGGGUGCCGCCUAUGGCACAGCCAAGAGUGGUACCGGCAUUGCGGCCAUGUCUGUCAUGCGGCCAGAGAUGAUCAUGAAGUCCAUCAUCCCAGUGGUUAUGGCUGGCAUCAUCGCCAUCUACGGCCUAGUGGUGGCAGUCCUCAUUGCCAACUCCCUGAAUGAGGGCAUCACCCUCUACAGGAGUUUUCUCCAGCUGGGUGCUGGCCUGAGUGUGGGCCUGAGUGGCCUGGCGGCUGGCUUUGCCAUCGGCAUCGUGGGGGACGCCGGCGUGCGUGGCACUGCCCAGCAGCCCCGAUUAUUUGUGGGCAUGAUCCUGAUCCUCAUCUUUGCCGAGGUUCUCGGCCUCUACGGUCUCAUCGUCGCCCUCAUCCUCUCCACAAAGUAGCCCCUCUCCGAACCCACCAGCCACAGAAUAUGAUGUAAAGACCACCCCCUUCUCAUUCCAGAAUGAACAGCCUGACAAACACGCACGGGGCAGCUGCCCCCUCAGUAGUUGGUCUUGUAAAUGCGCAGUGUCCUAGUGCCCAUCGUCUGUUGCCCCUGCCUUACCCCCGCCUGCCCCGUGUUGUGGACAUCUGGGCCUGCUCUCCACCCGUCCAGGCCCCUGACCAGUGAGGACCGGCCUUUGGCCGACCCCACCCAUCUGCCCUAGAGUGCUCUGUGCACACGGAUGAGUUAGUUGUCAUUUUUCUCUUCACUGAUGUUUAUUUAUAAAAGAUUGAUCUGUUCAUGCGUCCGUGGAGCAGCCCUGUCUCCUGCCCAUAUAGUAAUCUUAGGUAGAGUGUUGCCUUGUGGGGCCCCGUUUGCUGAGAUUCCCUGGACGAGCCACCUCCCUGCGGCCCGCUGCGGCCUGGAGGGCGCCGUGCCGGGCCUGCCCGGGCGGCGCUCAGCUGUGUCCAAUAAAGUUCUCCGAUGUGACUGGAA